AUGCUUUAAAGACAUUCUGAAACGAUUGAAUAUAUGAGAGAAUGCUUCAGAUAAAAAAUCUUAAGAGAUCAUAGAGAAGCCAUCUUCAAAAACAAAAGAAGGCCAUAUGAAUGCAAGAAAUAAGGUAUAUUGAGGAAUGAUUCUUUAAAUAAUUAAUUCAAUUAUCUAUAUUUAGGAGAAACACAAAAUGUUAAUGAAACAUAAGUAAACACAUCAAAAAAAAAUGAAUAAGAGAUGACUAUUUAAUAACAGAUGCACUAAAUUUUAAAUGUUGAAUUUAUAAAUAAUUUCAAAUUAAUUAAUUUAGAAACUAACCUAUUAAUUUCUUUGAACAAGUUCCCAGCUUUAAGUAAUGAUGAAGAAUUGACACUUUGGUUUUAGUUAAUUGAGUAGGUAAUUAUGCAAUCUGACUUUUAAAGCAUUAUUGUAAAUAUUUCAUAAUUAGAGUAAAUUAUCAAUUAAGCAAUCAAAUAUAAGAAAUUUGAUACUCUAUUUAGAACUUUAAAUUGUCUUUUGAAAUUAGUUUAAUUAAAUGAUAUUAGUAUAUUGAAAUAUUUUGAAUGUGAAGAGAUGUAUAACUACUUAAUUUAUGCAUUAUAAAAUUAAUAAUUAAAUGCUAUUGUAAUUUGCGAAAAGAUAUUAGAAAUCUCUCAAUAUGGAACACUUUUUUUAAUAAGACAAAGAUUAUUGGAUUAUAUAUACAAUUUUUUAUUGGAGAACUUCGAGUUUAAGAAUUUUUUUAUAACAUUUUUAUCGAAGAUUAAUUGCUUAAAUGUAGAUGAAGCAGUAACAACUUUAAUAAGAUCAAAAAUAUUUAAUGAAAUCAUAAAUCUUCAUGGAACUGAGAUUGAUGCUUAAGGUUAUAGAUGCAUAGGGGUUCUGAUAUUGAACUUAAUUUAAAAAGUUAAUAACAAGGACUAAUUGAAAUAUCUAAUUUAUAAUACAAAUUUGAUGUGCAUGUUAUAACAAAUUUUGAGUUUGUAUCAUAAUGAAGAUUUGAUAUUAAUGGGGAUUCAAAUAUUAUAAAUAAUAUUCAAUCAAUAAAACUAUGAAUUUGUAUAACAAAUGAAAAAGGUAUAAUAUAAUAAUUAUUAAAAAAGGACAUACCUUAGAUAUUGCUAUAGUUAUAUUUCUUGAAGAAAUGUUGUGUGGAAAAUAGUAUGUCGGAAAAGAUAAAUUAAUUAAUUGAAUAUUGA